UCUAUUUGGGCCAAGAAAUAUCUAUGGAGGGAAGGAGAAUGACAACAGAGCGUGUAGAAGCAUUACGACAACUUCCAAAACCUCUAACAGUUACAGGAAUGCGGAAGGUGAUGGGACUUUUCAACUAUUGUCGUCAGUAUAUACCCGAAAAACUGACUUCAGCUCCAGCUUUGGGACUUCCCGAUGGACGAUUGCCGUUUCAUUUGUGGACCAGUGUAGGAGAUGAGACGUAUUCAGCAGUACUGUGUCAAAAACCAGGUGAUCGAUACAGACCAGUUGGAUACUUUUCCACAAAGAUUCCUGUCACUAUGAUUGGGCAACCACGAUGUAUACAAGCUCUCGAUGGUGCCACAUGGGCAGUGGAUGCUGUUGAGAAUCUGAUAGGAGCACAAACUAUCAUAUUGCACACUCCACACAGUAUAGUGACAUUGUUGAACAACACAAACAUCAAAACCAUAACCGAUGCAAGAAGAGCAAAAUGGGAAGCUACUUUGUUGAACAAGGAUUUGAGAGUGGAAAUCAUCAGAGACACGUCUCUUAACCCUGCAACAAUGAUGCUGGAACCACAUGAGGGAAUACCACAUGAGUGUGUAAAACAAGUAGAAGAAGAUAGCCUUGGUCCUGUUAAUCCAAUCCCUCUUGAAAAUCCAGACAAGGAGUUAUGGGUUGAUGGAUCCAGUUACUAUGUUGAUGGAAAACGACACACUGGAUGGGCUGUAGUGCAAGCUGAUGGAACUGUUGUGAAGAAAGGAGCUCUUCCUGGCAAACUUUCAGCACAAGUAGCCGAGCUUAUAGCACUUACAGAAGCUCUUGAAUUAUCUGAAGGAGAACGAGUCAACAUCUAUACAGAUAGUCGAUAUGCUUUUGGUGUGGUCCAUGACUAACUUGCCCUGUGGAAGAGACGUGGACUCAUCACCAGCAAUGGGAGCGAAAUACAACAUGCUUCCAUAAUUCGUCGCUUGAUUACAGCAUGUCACUUACCUAGAGAAGCAGCCGUGAUCAAAGUGAAAUCUCAUCAAUCUGACAAGUCCAAAGAAACUCAAGGAAACACGGCAGCAGAUGCAGCAGCUAGAGAAGCAGCUCUACUCCAUCCUACUCCUGUUACCCUGGUAAAGGAAAAUACCAAGGAUAAUCCUGAGCUCCAUCUUCUGUCAUAUCAAUUGGAGACAGAUGAAGAGAAAGAACAAUGGAUAAAAGCGGGAGCGAAAGAGGAUGAUCAAGGAAUCUGGAGAAUUCCAACAGGACAAGUAGUGAUGCCUAUCGGAACAAGAAGAGAACUAAUGCAGCUGUAUCAUGGAAAAGUGCAUGCUGGAGCAAAAGCAAUGAAAGCUCAAAUCAGUGAAACUUGGUGGUGGCCAAGAAUGAUGAGAGACAUUGAUGAUUAUUGUAGAAGAUGUUUGAUAUGCCUCAAAGCAAAUGUGGGAAAAUCUGUAAAGGUGCGAAUGUCACAUGCACCUAGACCAACAGGUCCGUGGACACAUCUCCAAAUUGAUUUCACAGGACCUUUGUCACCUAGUGGAGGGUAUCAGUAUAUACUUGUAAUCAUGGACA